AUGAAGACCGGGGAGGCGGGGCGAGGGAGGCAGGAACCGGGGAGGGGGGCCUCCGCUGCAGGACGGCCGGCGGGGCCUGGCUGGGUCAGCCUUCUCCCUGAGAAUUUUAAAACACCGCUGGAAAGCUGGUGCAAAGCUCGACUCCGGAGGGGUGACAGAAGCAACCCGCAGGGCCGCCGCCUCCCCUUCCCAUCCGGUCCUGCCCCACCUCCGGCCCGCGUUUUCGCCAGUCCAGUGCUCGCCGCCCGCUCCCAGAGACCAGGACUGCACGGCGGACGAGCGCUGCAGCUGGGACGGAAAACUGGGCUGGCUGGCGGGGAGGAAACCAGAGGGCCAUUAGAGUGUUACUGGUGGAGCUGAAUCGCUGUUGAAAAACAUGUUGUAAAAUCGGCGCAAACAUUGCGUCGUCAAGGCUGCGAUUUCUCAUACAAAAUAAGAGGUUCUCAUAGCAACAAAGACGUCCCUGUAUUGUGCCCACUGUUACGUACAUGAAGAUGUUCCUACUUGUGCAAUUUGACAAGAUGUCCAGCUAAAAUUACCGAGGGAAAGUUUUACAUCUCGCUUUUCUGAAAUUUGGAAGCUGUAACAUGUUAAAUGUUUGUCUCAUUUCAAGGACAAGUUCACUAGAAUAUUUUCUUUUAAAAAUGAUUUUUGAAUAAUAUGCCUAAUGGUGUGGUUCGAGCGAAUAUAUAUAUUUUUAAAACUAGUUUUAGAUGGUUUUUUAGUCCAUGUGCAUACUAAGCAGCUUCAGUAGUUUGACCGUUUGCGACCCCCAUGGACUAUAGCCCACCAGGCUCCUCUGUCCGUGAGAUUCUCCAGGCAAGAAUACGGGAGUGGGUUGCCAUUUCCUUCUCCAGGGGAUCUUCCUGACCCAGGGAUCCAACCCUGGGUCCCACGUUGAAGGCAGAUCCUUUACUGUCUGAGCCAGGAGGGAAGCCCCUUUAAUGCAUGUGUGUAUUAAUUUAAAUGACUUAAAUUUUAUGUAAAGAUCAUUUAUAAACUUAACUGUAAAUAUUAAGAGGCCUUCAAAAUAUAAGGUAUUUAAUGAUUUGAUUAGCUGAGUUUUUAUAUUCUUUUUAUUCUGGUUCUAUAAUCCCUCAGUAAACCCUAAAGAAAACUAAUAUUCUUUAUUAAAAUAAGUAUUUUUUCUGUAGAAGAUAUUCCUGUGGUGCUCCAAUCAGCAUUCUCUUUGAAAGUGACUACAAACAAUUGAAUCCUCACAAAAUGGCUCAGAAGAUAGAUAUUUAUAUAAAAUGAAUAUAAUCAUGAACAAUAAUUUCUUAAUGCCAAAAAGUAGAGUAAUCAUUAGCACAGACUUCCCUGGUGGCUCAGUGGUAAAGAAUCCACCUGCCAAUGCAGGAGAUGUGGAUUCAGUUCCUGGGUUGGAAAGAUCCCCUGGAGAAGGAAAUGGCAACCCACUCCAGUAUUCUUGCCUGGGCAAUCCCUUGGACAGAGGAACCUGGUGGGCUACAGUUCAGUGGAUUCACGAGAGUUAGUUGUGACUUACUGACUGAACAACAACGCAUGAUUAACACUCAUGUAUAUUUAAAUGUCAUGAUCAUUAUGGUCUAGUUAUUUGUUUUUUCAAGACCCUCUUUUCAUGUAAGUGAUGAAGGCCUUUGAAAUAAAUGUGGGAAACCCCAGCUUUAGUCUUCGUGCUCACUACUCACUUUACCUUUUCCUGUGCUGCUUUCAGUUUGCUUUUUCUGGAAUGCCUUUCUCUCCUCUCUCUAACAUUCACCCUCCCACAGACACACGUUUGUCCCCUCCCUGUUGUCAGUGACCUCCUUGAAGGUCAUGUGCUCCCUGAAGCUUUCGGUGUCAACCCCUUCUGAGGUGUUGACCCUCACAAGGACUUCCCUAUAGCUCAAAUGGUAAAGAACCUGUCUGCAAUGCAGGAGACCAGGGUUCGAUCCCUGGGUUGGGAGUUUCCUCUGGAGAAGGCAAUCCACUCCAGUAUUCUUGCCUGGAGAAUUCUUCUGGAAUUGGAGAAUUCCAUGGAUAGAGAAGCCUGCGGGCUACACUCUGUGAGGUCACAAAGAGUCAGACUUGACUGAGCAACUACCACACACACACACACACACACACCCUCAUGUUGAUUUACAGUGAUUCUACUUGUUUUCCCCUACCAAACUGUAAGCUCUUGAGGACAGGAAUUGUUUCAUUUGUCCUUAUAU